UGACCAAUCCACCUGUGUUAGACAGAGGCAGCAGAGCAGAAGGAGGUGUUUUCCCUCAGAACGACAGAACAAACAGAAGAAAUAGGAGGAAAGCAUGACGUCAUUUGUUCCUCAAGCCCUUUCACCCCAGUUCCACAGCAUGGGGCCGGAGUCCCAAGAGUUCAGCCUGUACGGUGACAACUUCUACAGCACUCAGCCUGUGCCUAGUCCACAGCAAACCCCACCGUCCGCUUACGAUUUCGGAGAAUACGCCGGCCAGACCUCCAACCCUUACCUGUGGUUCAACGGACCCGGGCUCAAUCCGGCUCCGUGUCUCAGCGGAGGGCCUCAGCACUACGGGAUGACGAAGCCGUACGUGGCCGCAGGCGGAAUCGGGGGCUCGGACGGUAGUUUCAGCUGGUUCUCCCUGCCUUCCCAAGAAGAUCUGAUGAAACUCGUGAGGCCUCCUUACUCUUACUCAGCCCUUAUUGCGAUGGCAAUACACGGAGCCCCAAACCGUCGCCUCACUCUCAGCCAGAUCUACCAGUAUGUGGCUGACAACUUCCCCUUCUACAACAAGAGCAAAGCCAGCUGGCAGAACUCAAUCCGGCAUAAUCUCUCGCUCAACGACUGCUUCAUGAAAAUGCCCAGAGAUGACAGCGAUCCAGGUAAAGGAAACUACUGGACCCUUGACCCAAACUGUGAGAAGAUGUUCGAUAAUGGCAACUUCCGUCGCAAGAGGAAGAGAAAGUCUGACUCUCUGGCUGAAGAGGAGGGAAAAGGCUAUUCUGGGUCGGACUCGGCUCUAUCGAGUCCUAAAGAGCCCAGCGACUCCUCAGAGAGAGGAAACUCUCCGGUCUCCACAGAUCCGACUCCGUGUCUCAAUGGCUUUCUAAGUCAAAUGGGUGAUGUGGCUUCAGGCUCGAGAGAGGCUCUUCUCCCAUCUCCCCUAGCUUUGCCUUUGAGCCAAAGAUCUUCUCCGCCUGGGGUGUAUGGCUCGUACUCGCCGAGCGCUACCGUGCCGCAAUGGGAAACCCAUAUCCCUCAUCCCCUCCCAUCCAACGUCUCCACUUCGCCCCCUUCGUACACAGACAGCUAUAGUGACUCUAUGCUCAACCAGUACAGCAGCCAGCUCUAUCCAGUGCUGGGCCCCUCUGACUUGCUGUAUCUGCGGGAGGGAACAGAGGUGUAGCAUGGGACAUAGCGCCGUCAGGUGAACACUUGAGGGAGCGGUCGGCCUGCAUCGUGAGCCAAGUUCCCACCGCAGUGCCUGAGUCAGCAGGUCCGAGUGGAUGCAGAGGAGAUUCCCUCUAUCAGACAGUUGUGUGAACGCUCUCACACGCUCUUCUCAGACUCACCUGCUGACAUCAUCUAAUUCAUGUUGCAGCUGAAAGACAACAGUAAUCGCCUCGGGCUACUGCUCUCAGUCCCGUUUUUUAUGUUGUGGUUUGUGUUAUGUUUUUGCAAUUCUGUUCAAUUGAAGCCUGGAACAUACGU